AAGGAAUUUAGAAGCGGAAGCUUGUGCGUUACCAAACAACGGCCAUAGAAUAUGCUCUUAGCUGUUAUCAACUUUGCCGGGAACUUCAUCGGACGUCUCUCAGCCGGAGCACCAAUCACUGCUUCUCAACUCUAACCAUUUCAAUUCCUUCUCUCUAUCUUCUUAAGGCGGUCUCUUCUCUCUUUCCUUCUUAAUCGGAGCUUCAAUUUGACUUCAAUUUCUUCGUCUAUUCACCGACUUCACUCGUCUUCUGCAGCUCUGAUUCGCCGGCUCGAAUUCCGCGGCCAAACUUGUAAUUGACGGCCGUGACUGAUUUCUGGCGGAAUUCUGUGCUUCUACGACGAAUUACUACACCUGUGUGAUUUUCUAGGGCUUCAAACUUCGACGCUUUGGCUCUAAACUGGAGGUUUCAGUAUACAGCUAGACGUGGCGUGGCAUCCAGUUUGUGUGUCAAUCGAAGUGUGGAGAAUAAGAGUUCUUUAGAGCUCUCUGGCUUAUGAUCUAAGCUCACUUGUGCAUAUGGUUUCUUCAGGGGACCAGUUUGAGAAUGAAGUGGAUUCUGAUCGAUUGGAGCAUGAAAACAAUACAGAUAGUCAACCGCAAACGUCUCAGGCCGAUCCUGGUAAAACUUAUGCAUCAAAAUCAGAUCCCAAAUGCACAGGGUCUGCCAGUAGUACCCAUGAAGAAGCUGUCAAGCUGUCUGACGUUACAAUCGAACAAGUGGAUCGAGGAGAAAUCUCUAAUAUAGUGACUGAGAAAGUGACCCAUAAGCCAAUUACUGCAGACCGUAACUCCCAUUCUGAUUUGAAAGUUUGUAUUACCUCUACUAUACGAGAGAAAGUAUCAGAGGAUGGAUAUAACUGGCGGAAAUAUGGUCAGAAAUUGGUUAAGGGAAAUGUCUUCGUUAGAAGCUAUUAUAGAUGCACGCAUCCUACUUGCAUGGUGAAAAAACAACUGGAGCGCACUCACGAUGGGAAAAUCACAGACACUGUUUACUUUGGCCAGCAUGAUCACCCUAAGCCUCAACCUCACAUUCCAGUCGCUGUUGGAGGUGUUACCGUGGUUGAAGAAAAAUUUGAUGAACAUGCUUCUGGAAGUUCUCAAGAUAAGACCUCCAUUGCGCUUGGCCAGACACCUCGUCAAACUGAGCUAGCUGAUAUGCGUCAAACGUCAUCAGUUAUGGCCAAUGAUAAUGUAAAAGACGAAGCUUCAAAAAGGUCUAGGAUUAACGAUGAGGUUGACAGUGAUGAUACACCAGACUUGAAACGAGAUUUCAAAAGGAAGAUAAGAUGUAAUAUGGACGUGACAGUAGCAGACAAGUCAAGUGUUGAAUCUCGGGUUGUCGUUCAAACUCCUAGCGAGGUUGACAUCGUCAACGAUGGAUAUCGCUGGCGGAAGUAUGGACAGAAAUUAGUGAAAGGCAAUCCAAAUCCUAGGAGUUACUACAGAUGCUCAAGUCCUGGAUGUCCAGUUAAGAAACAUGUAGAGAGGGCGUCUCAUGAUCCGAAAGUGGUGCUUACCACGUAUGAGGGUCAGCAUGACCAUGAUAUGCCCCCUGCAAGGACAGUGACGUUGAACUCAGUUGGAUCCACAGCAGCCCACAGUGAUGACACAAAAUCGAAACCGGUGGGUAGUUCCAUUGGCCACGAUACGGCGUCUCGAAGCAAUUCAAGCAAAUUAAUUGAAAAGAAUGGCAAGUCGAAUGUCACAGAAGCAAGUGAUGGCAUUGUCCUCGAUAUGGUGGUAAGUCCUGGCCCAGGAGUUGCGAGUGGACAAAAUAAGCAGCUGAAAGUAGCAAUUGAAAGCUAAGAUGGCAUUCCUUCCAGGUUCGAAUUUGUAUCAUCAAUCAAGACACACAUUAACAGCACCAAAUCAUGGUAUAGCACUACAGUCGGAUUAACUAGUUUGUAUAAAUUAAUUAAACUAGUAAAAUAAAAUUAAACGUGUAGGUUUCCAUAACAUUUUAAUAAAAGAGAGUUGUUAAAUGUUAGCUAAUAAUUACCAAGA